CGCUCUAACCCACACACAACAGAACACAUUCAGCAUCAGACUCAGAAGCAUCAUGGCACCAGCUAAAGAGACCGCUAAGAAGAAGAGCCAGCCGGGCCGGUACAGCCAGCUCGUCAUAGACACCAUCCGCAAUCUAGGCGAGAAGAACGGCUCCUCCCUGGCCAAGAUCUACAGCGAAGCCAAGAAGGUGUCCUGGUUCGACCAGCAGAACGGCCGCACUUACCUCAAGUACUCUAUCAAGGCGCUGGUGCAGAACGACACCCUCCUGCAGGUCAAGGGCGUGGGGGCCAACGGCUCGUUCCGCCUCAACAAAGCCAAACUAGAGCGCUUGUCCCUCGGGGGCAAGAAGAAGAAGGCUCCGAGCCCUCCACCGGCUAAACCCGCUAAAAAGGCUUCAGCUGCCCCAAAAAAGAGUCCCAAGAAAGCGUUGAAAAGUGCAGCCAAACCCCAGAAAGCCGCAGCCAAGAGCCCCAAAAAGAAGAAGGCGGCGGGUACCAGCAAGAAGGUGAAGAAGAGUGCCAAGCCCAGCGUGCCCAAGGUACCCAAAGCCAAGCCCAAGGUGUCCAAAGCCAAGAAGGCGUGAGAGGGGGCAAAGGAGAGCUGGACUCUAGCGGUGCGGGGGUUUGACUGCUUCUUUUUAGCAUUGAACCCGUUGGGUGCCAAAGGGUAAAUGAGACCUGGACUGUAGCAGCGCAAGGGUUAAUAACUGGUUGCUGGGUGGUAGAGGAUGUUGCAGCCCUCCCUGGCACCCAAGGGGUUAAGUGAUUUUAUAUGCUCUAUAGAAUUCGCUUAUACAUUAUAGCAAAACACUUAGUGGCAGCUUAACUCUUUGUGCUAUGGAAGCAAAGGACAUUUCACAGCCAAAAACACCCCAUUUUAAUGGACAUUGGUGCUGAUGAUGAUGAAGGGUUGACGAGGACUUUUUUUUAUAAUUACUACUCUUAAGCCCUUAAUUAUGUUGCAUGUUGUAUAUAGUUUAUUUGUUUUUUUAUACGCAACCAGAGGGAUAAAUAAACCUUGUAUCUUAAACUUUGUAA